AACAUAACUUCAAAAGAAACGAGAGGUUGGGAAAAGGUUAUGUUACUUGAUUGAUAAACAGAAUUUAAGAAUUUUGAUUAUUAAAUCCUAGUAAUUAUGUCUACAGCUACUAAUACUGUUAUAAAAUAUGUGGGGAGAACUACAGAUUUUAAAGGUAAAACCUUAUGGGAGAUAGUGGGAAGCCUUAAAAAUUUUGGGGUCGGAAGAGUCGUAGUCCGAUCCGUAUUUAAUAGAUAUCCAGAACCGACAUUCAUGAAGAUUGUGAAAGUGGAAACAUGUCCAGAUGAGGAACGACGAAAAGUACGUGUUUGGGUUGAAAAGACUUUCCGAGGCCGGAAACUGCCAACCCUCACUGAGAUACACCGCACCUCCUACAAACCAGAUUAUCAACUUGUUCCUAAGAAUGAAGAAGCCAAAUACUUGCAAGUUGACAAAGUGCAUGAUUACCCAGAGGUAGUGUUGCCCAACAGUAUAGAAAUGCCCCCUUUGAUGAAGAAGUUUAUUGAAAAGGACCAUGAGAAGAAAGGACUUGAGAUAAUGACAGACUUCAAGAUGCCGCUCAGCUACAGUCACAGCCCCAACCGAGUGAAGAGGGUCGCCAAGGAGGGAGAGAAGCCCACCGUAGAGUUCACCAUGGGCCUCGGCAAACCAGUCAGUCCAUCCCUGUAUGAAGGGGUGCCACUUAACUAAGUGAAAGGUCUUAUUUAUUAGUUAGAUUUAAAAAGUAAUUAUGUAUGUAGUAUCGUUGAAAUAAAAGCAAAAUUAAAA